CAUAGAAACUAGAAAGGGGAGUCCUGCUCGCCGGCAACGGGCAAUGGGCAGAUAGAUAGUUUCAACUUUCAGAAGAUUAUCAGGAUUCAGGAUCAGUCACUGGAGUCUGAUCCUCGGAGAGAAAGAGAGACGGUGGACAAGAGAAGAAUAUUAGAAAAAGGCGAAACAUAAAGAUCAAAUUCAAUAACCAUGAAAUCUCUCCCAGCAGUCGCUUCCAAGCCACCUAUCAAGUUUAGACUCCCAACUGCUGAAAAUUUAGUUCCGAUUCGUUUGGAUAUCGAAAUCGAUGGGCAACGCUUCAAAGAUGCGUUUACAUGGAACCCUGCUGAUCCAGAUUCAGAGGUGGUAGUAUUUGCCAAAAGGACGGUGAAGGACUUGAAACUCCCUCCAGCAUUCAUAACGCAGAUUGCCCAUUCUAUUCAAACACAGCUGGCUGAAUUUCGAUCAUAUGAAGGGCAAGAAAUGUAUACAGGCGAGAAGAUUGUUCCAAUCAAGCUUGACCUUCGGGUAAAUAGUACCAUCAUAAGAGAUCAGUUUUUGUGGGACUUAAACAACCUUGAGAGUGAUCCUGAAGAGUUUGCAAGGACCUUUUGUGAGGAUUUGGGCAUUGUUGACCCUGAAAUUGGACCUGCAAUUGCAGUUGCUAUCAGGGAGCAACUUUAUGAGAUUGCAAUUCAGAGUGUUGCCUCUGCAAGGGAAAGCAGAAUAAGCAAGAAAGGUCGCCGUGGAGCAGAACAUGUCACAACUAGCAAAGCAGGUGGCACUGUCUUGGACUUGGUGAAGCUAUUUGGUGGAAAAUCAAGUGUCCUUCGGAAAAGGAAGGAAUGGGAAUUGUAUGAACCUAUUAUUGAUAUUUUAUCAAAUGAGGAAGUGAGUGCUCUUGAUGCAAGGGAAGAGCGGAAUGCUCGGUGACAUUGACUUCUGCAUUUACACUUGUAACAUGUCUGCCAAAAGUUAAAAGUAGCAAGCACCAUUUGAUAGCAAUUAGGUGCAAACCCAGUGGGUUCUUAUUUUUCUGUAGUAUAGGCACUUUUUCUAGGAGAAGCAGAAAUUAAUAAAACUGGAAUACAGAACACCACAGUAACUUUCUGUUUAUGCUUGUAUGGAUAUUUACCUCUGAAUCUAUUAUUUAUUUUUAUAUAUUUUAAGUUUGUAGUUGUGUGGCUUAAGGGAAGGUACAAUCAAAAGAUGAUGGAUAUUUAAUGUCAUACACAUACACAAGACUUCAAUUUUGUGUAGCAAGACAAGAUACCAAAUGCAUUACUAC